AACCAAUGAAUGCUGACACUGAAAAUGAAUGCUCGGGUAGAUGCAAUAACUGUUGGAGAACAUGCAGUUUGCUUUAUUCAGAUUUUGCACUUUGGGAAAACAUCUGCCACUUGGAAGAAAUAUGUAUGAAUGGCUGUCAGGAAUCAUGUAGUUUCUACAGAAGCAAACCACGGCAAGAUAAAAAGAAGAAAAACUGGAAAAAAUUCAUAGAAAAACCCAGAAUACAGCUGCUUCCAGAAAGUAUUAAUAUUAGCUGGAUGGUUCCUCAUUCCAAGACAGGUCACAGGAAUUCCACUCACUUUGUCUAUAUACUUCUCUGCCGUCAUUUGAGUAGAGAAUGGUCCUUCAUUGACCAGGUAAGUUUAAUUGGGAC